AUGGCCGGCACGAUUCGCCAGUCUACUAAAUUAUUUGUUGGCAACAUACCUCGGAACUGUAAUUCACAGAGUUUGAGGACCCUGUUUGAAUCAGUUGGGAGAGUAUCUGAAUGUGAUAUUGUCAAAGAUUAUGCAUUUGUGCACUAUGUCAACCCACAUGAUGCAGAAAGGGCAUUAAAGUUUCUAGAUGGAACUAAUUUUCAAGGCUGUAACCUCAGGAUUCAGGUAUCCCAUAGCAAGGUUCGUUCUAGGCCUGGUAUGGGUGAUAAGGAUGUUUGCUACAGGUGUGGAAAAGAGGGUCACUGGUCUAAAGAUUGCCAUUUAGAAAGAGAAACAAGGGGUGCUUUUACAGGAAGAGAUGAUGAUAAGAGGAGAGAGAACAAUGCCAAACAACUCUCUGGUCAAGUGUAUAUAGAGUCUCGCAUAUCAACGCAACAACCUCAGCAUCAACUACAACAGCAACAAACCCAGCAACAGCAACUUUUGCUAUCCCAACAUCACCAGCAACAACAACAACAGCAGCAGCAACAACAACAACUUCUAACUGAACGUUUCAACCCGUACGAACGAAAACAAGAAAUGCCAAUCACGUUUUCGGGUUUUUCCCUGGAAUUCCCGACUCAGGCUGCUUUUCAGUCAUCUAUCUACCAGCAACGAGAACCAAUUGACAACAGAACCACCACAAAUUUUAAUGGUUCUACCAAUCUCCUCUUCCAGAGUUCAUCGAAUGCUCUCUUCACAGCUGCAGCCACCAAUCCAGCCUACCAAGAUGCCACACAAGCUACUUUCCCAACAGCCGUCAAUAUACGGUAUCCAGUUGCAAGCAACAGCACAUACCAAACGUCUGCCGGAUUGAUUGGUUUCGAAUCCGCGAAUCCUCUCCUUUCCAGUCUCCACAACAAUAGGUUCAUCACCACAGGCUCCACCAAUGUCAUGUUCCCCCAAGCGGCCGAUGCCAUUAGUAGGGCAUCUGCUGAGUUUUAUGCACAAAGGACGCCUGUUUUUGGCAUGGAAAUCAAUGGAGGGGUUGACAUAACAUCGUAUCUGGACGCAAGGAGGUACUAAGGAUCUCAUACAAUCACACACAUACACAUACACACAAAUACACAUACAUACAAAUACACACACACACACAUGCAUUCACACAAAUACACGCGCAUACAUACUCAUACGCGCGUGUAUAUAUACAAAUACACAGUACUACUUUACUGUAACCAGCGCUCCACCACCAAUAGUACACACUCAACGACACGGUAUUCAUCUUUGUAUUGUACCUGUGCGUACAUGUGUACUUAAUAAUGUGGUAUUCGUGCGGUAUAUAUAUAUAUAUAUAUAUAUAUAUAUACUAUUUUUCAUUUAUAUAUCAUUAUUUUUUAUCGCUGGCGUGAAUCGUGUUAGUAAAUUUUAGACGUGAAAUUUUUUUUCGUAUUAUUAAGAAGUUUUAACGUAAAACCAUGCAUACCCAUUUGCUUAGGUUUGAAUAUGAUCGUCUAAAUUCUAGUAAUAUUGUUUUGUGCGCCGAGUUUUAUUUUAUCAUUUUAUUUCAGUUUGUUGUUUUUGACUUAUCUUAUUGUCGGUGUAUUGUACCACUUCUAAUAAACUUCUAUUUUCACUACAUGCCAAGUUUUUCAAUCGAAAUCCUCAUCUAGUGAGACGAAA